GUGAAAAUCAAAUUAAGGGAGAAAAAUUUUGAAAAUGAUCUAAUUUUUUUUCCGAACCAAUCGUCUUGUAAGACUUAUUCGAAAUCCAAGAAUUAGAUUAGCUUUAUCAUGACUGAUCGAGGACUUGAUUCAAAAUCCAAGAUCCAACAUCCUUAAACCCUACUCCGCUUUUAACUCCCUGCAACGAAUCAAACCAAACCCAAAGCUUUGUCCAAAAAUUACUCUUCCUCUGUCUUCACCAAAACCGCCAGCACCAUGCGGUGGUCGGCGGCUAGGGGCGGAGGACUUGGGUUGGCGGCCAUGAUCUACGUGUUGGUAGACUACCUGCGCAACGUGUCGCCAAUGUGGCACGAGCGUCUUCAACCCUUGCUCUGGUCUUUACUCGCGCUCGUUGCCAUUACGCGCGUACCAUUUUACCGUCAUUGGAACGCUGAGUUUCGAGCUGCUUUCCCUUUCCUUGCUUCAAUUAUAUUCAUGCUCUCUGCUCUUCUCUUUGAAGCUCUCUCAGUUCGUUUCGUUACUGCUGUUCUUGGCCUCGAUUGGCACAGUGAUACGCAUCCUCUUCCUGAUACUGGUCAAUGGUUGCUCCUGGCAUUAAAUGAGAAACUUCCUGAAGCAGUUGUUGAGAUAUUGAGAGCUCACAUUAUUGGCUUGCACCAUUUCUUGAUGUUAUUUAUAAUGUUGGCCUUCUCUGUCCUAUUUGACUCUGUAAAAGCUCCUGGCCUUGGGUUAGGUGCACGAUACAUGUUUACCAUGGCAAUUGGCCGUCUUCUUCGUGCUGUAACUUUUGUAUCUACAAUCCUGCCAUCGGCCCGCCCAUGGUGUGCUUCUGCUCGAUUUAGCAUCCCUGGACAUCCUCAUCAUUGGGCUCAGAAAUAUUAUGUUCCUUAUGCUUCAGAUGCUAAUGCCAUUCGUCAAGUAAUACAACAGGAUAUAGCAUAUGCUGGUACCAGCAAAUACCUUGAUGACUACCGACCAGAUUGGGGUUCAAUGAGCUUCCUAAUUGAUUUUCUGCGACCCACCCCAUCAGAAGGAUCUUCUUGGUACAAUCUGCUUAAAAAGGCAGGGGGUGGCUGCAAUGACCUUCUAUAUAGUGGCCACAUGCUAGUUGCUGUACUGACUGCUAUGGCAUGGACGGAGGCUCACGGGGGGUUUAGCUCAGCUCUCAUAUGGCUGCUCGUUAUGCACAGUGCUCAGCGUGAAAUACGAGAGCGCCACCAUUAUACUGUAGAUUGUAUUGUUGCCAUCUAUGUGGGUAUUCUCCUGUGGAAGAUGACUGGUUUUGUCUGGUCAGCUAAGGAUCGAACUAGAGAUAGCAGACUCACUAAGCUUGGGAAAAUUCAGGGUAGACUACUCCAAGCAGCCAAGGAUUCAGACAUGGAUGAAGUACGGGAACUUCUCAAAGAUGUUGAACUGGGGAAUCAAGAGAGCCCGAAAAAAGGAUCGAGCAAGGUUAUGUGGUUGUUUGCUUGCGGGACUAUUUUCUUCUCACUAACCAUUGUUGUUUUGGCCUUCACGUGGACAAGUGAUGGCUGACUUUCCUGGCAUAAUGUUGUACCAUGGUUUUGAGGUUAGAGAUAAUAGUGAUUCUACAUGAUUUAGUUUCUUCUCCAACGAGGACUCUUGUAGUUCUAUUUGCUUUUCAUUUCUCUGUUAUGACAGUGAGAAGGGCUUUGCCUUCCACAGUGUACACACAAAGAAAUCAGAGUUGCUUAGAAUAAUUUGAUAUUUAAUUCAAGAACUUGUCAUGGCUUCUGGAGAAGUCGCUCCAGUUACUGUUACCUGUGAAACUUGCUUGUACUUUUUAGUUAAUCAAGCCAAUGUCUUGCUAGACUUACUCUGAAUGUAUCUUUUUCUAUCAACUGCUGUCUUCACUUUCCAUU